AUGGAGGGUCGGAGAACAGCACAACGGUGGGGUUACUUGAAAGACAAGGCUACAGUCUCCAACCUUGAUGAAGAAGAAUUGGAUGGAGAGGAGGAAGAUGGGGGAGAUGAAGACAAAAGGAAGAGAGCCAUGGAGAGAGUUAGAGGUCCUAGCAGCGACCGUGUUCCAUUGCGGCUGUGCCAGGUCGACAGGUGCACAGCUAACUUGACCGAGGCCAAGCAGUACUACCGUAGACACAAAGUCUGUGAAGUUCAUGCAAAGGCAUCUGCUGCCACUGUUGCAGGCGCCAAGCAACGUUUUUGCCAACAAUGCAGCAGGUUUCAUGAGCUACCAGAGUUUGAUGAAGCUAAAAGAAGUUGCCGGAGGCGCUUAGCGGGACACAAUGAGAGGAGGAGGAAGAGUUCUGGUGACGGUUUUGGAGAAGGUUCUGGCCGGAGAGGGCUUAGCGGUCAACUGACUCAAGAAAGAAAGAGAGUAGACAUGAAACUUCCCAUGACCAACUCAUCAUUCAAGCGAUCACAGAUCAGAUAA